GCUGCUCAGAAACAGGCGAAGAACAGGAAGAAGAGCCCCGACGGCGAGGCUCCGUCCACCGCUGAGGUCGAUCUCUUCAUGUCCACGCAGAGGAUCAAAGUCCUCAAUGCAGACACUCAGGAGUCUCUGAUGGAUUUGCCUCUGAGGACGAUCUCCUACAUCGCCGACAUCGGUAACAUGGUGGUGCUGAUGGCCCGGGGGAAGAUGGUUCGAUCCCGCAGCGCACAGGACAACCUGGACCACGCAGCCGAGCAAACCACCAUGAGCCACGACGACAGACGUCUCUACAGGAUGAUCUGUCACGUGUUCGAGUCCGAGGACGCUCAGCUGAUCGCUCAGUCCAUCGGUCAGUCCUUCAGCGUCGCCUACCAGGAGUUCCUCAGGGCCAACGGCAUCGACCCCGAGGACCUGAGCCAGAGGGAGUACAGCGACCUUCUCAACACCCAAGACAUGUACAACGAUGACCUCAUCCACUUCUCCAAGUCGGAGAACUGCAGAGACGUUUACAUCGAGAAGCAGAAAGGAGAGAUCCUGGGCGUGGUGAUCGUGGAGUCGGGCUGGGGCUCCAUCCUCCCCACCGUCAUCAUCGCCAGCAUGAUGCACGCCGGUCCGGCAGAGAAGUCCGGUCGACUUAAUAUCGGAGAUCAGAUCAUGACCAUCAACGGGACGAGUCUGGUGGGUUUACCGCUGAGCACCUGCCAGAGCAUCAUCAAGGGUCUGAAGUCUCAGUCCAGGAUCAAGAUGAACAUCGUCAGGUGUCCUCCCGUCACCAUGGUGCUGAUUCGCAGGCCGGACCUCAGAUACCAGCUGGGCUUCAGCGUCCAGAACGGCAUCAUCUGCAGCCUGAUGAGAGGCGGCAUCGCUGAGAGGGGAGGCGUUCGUGUCGGUCACCGCAUCAUCGAGAUCAACAGCCAGAGCGUCGUGGCCACGCCCCACGAGAAGAUCGUUCAGAUCCUGUCUAACGCCAUGGGGGAGAUCCACAUGAAGACGAUGCCUGCGGCCAUGUACCGUCUGCUGACAGCGCAGGAACAACCAGUCUACAUCUGAACACGCGCCACAUCACUGUCUGUCGUUACUACUGUCCAGUCAUCUUUGAGUUAACACCCCUCUCCUCCCCGUCAUGUUUGAUAUCACUCGACUAGCCUUAACCUGUACAGUGUGAACAUGUGAACAUGCUCAGUGCGGCAGCAGGAGGCAGAUUAUCUCACUAGGCCGAGUGUUAACGUGACGUCUUAUGUUUGACCAAAGAGAACUUGUGGAUUUUAUUGUGCAUAUGUAGGUGGCAAAGAGUAAAAUACGACCUUUUGGUUAAAUAGCUGUAAUUAUCUGAAUGUACUCAAAUCAUGUUGGACCUAUAAGUUAUCAGGGCGACACCAGUGAUACAGAACUUCUACACUGAAGCGAUGGAGGAAUGCAUGUACAGUUCUGCUGAAUAAACUCUAAAGCAAAACAAGACGAAUUCUGUUCUGUUUUCUUCGACAGGAUUUGAGACGAAGGCAGACGGACGAUAAG